GCUGGUUGGCUGCAAUUUCUCCGUUCCUGCUAGCUAGCUAGCAAACUAGCCUAUAAAGGCAUUUAAACUGAAAGUCAGACGCGUUUCUUGUUUACAUCCGAUAUAUACAUUAUUGACUAUUACUUCGUCGUAUCUCCAUGCAUAUUUGGCUCUUUUUUAUUAUUAUUAUUACAUGUCAAUCCCUAGCAAGCGCCGAAUUACAAACCGCAGGCCGUAUUCCAUACAAAAACAUCGGGUCUGUUUCUCGCGGAGGUAGUCCCAUCUUUCUUAGCCAGAAUGGGCAGCCAUCUUGAAUUUUAAUGUUAAUUUUCUGGUAAUUUUUGUGUCCCAUAGCAUUUUUUUUAUAAAGGAUGUUUUCAGACCCACUGGUAUUUGGGACGUGUUGUUUAUAACACAGGAUAAACAGUAAAUUGCCAACCGUAGCCCAGCACUGCUGAGGACUGCACUCUCCGUGACAUACACACCUGUUCACUUAAACAAGAGAAAUAUCCGGCAUCUUCACAGCAAACCCCCUUUUUUGCACCAGACCACAUGGUGGGCCAAGGACACAUAGGCUAAAUGCACCUUCAGCAGGUGACCAGCUGGAAUGAAGUAGAUGGGAGAAUCCAAGAACAUGGUGCUGAAUGGCAGGAGACAUGGCAGCAGGUUCUCCAGCCAUCAGCCCUCCAACAAAACCAGGACGCAACAUGGCCACCUGCGUCAAGCGAAGGGGACCCCUGGCAGUAAAAGAUCCAGUCGACGGUAUGGAAAUGCCUCUGUUGACAUGGAGCGCCGGCAUGUUCCAGCCUCUGGAAUGACCGCCAAGGAGUUGUGUGAAUAUGAUGAUGUGAGCACCAGCCUGAUCUUGGACCCUUACCUGGGCUUCCAGACGCACAAGAUGAACACCAGGUUUCGGCCUCUCAAGGCAUCCAGACUAGUGGAACUGAAGGAUAUGAUUGAGAGUUACAAAAAGCAUGAUGACAUGGAGAAAGCCUUCCAAGCAUUGACAUCAGGAGAUGGGACAAAACCUUACUUUCCAAAUAAGAACAAGACCCAGGAAAAACUCUUCAAAGAACAUGUACAUGUUUAUCUGCGCAUGUUCGCCACAGACAGCGGGUUUGAAAUUUUGCAGUGUAACCGGUACUCUUCAGAGCAAAAUGGAGCCAAAAUUGUAGCAACGAAGGAAUGGAAGAGGAAUGAUAAGAUUGAAUAUCUGGUGGGCUGCAUCGCGGAGUUGACAGCCGCAGAGGAGAGGUUGCUGCUUCGGCAUGGGGAAAACGACUUUAGUGUCAUGUACUCCACACGAAAGAAUUGCGCACAGCUCUGGCUGGGACCAGCAGCUUUCAUCAACCAUGAUUGUAGGCCAAAUUGCAAGUUUGUGUCAACGGGUCGUGCAACUGCCUGCGUUAAGGUUCUAAGGGAUAUUGAACCAGGGGAAGAGAUCUCAUGCUACUACGGAGAUGGAUUCUUUGGGGAAAACAACGAAUUCUGUGAAUGCUACACUUGUGAACGGCGUGGCACAGGGGCAUUCAAAACUAAACCGGGGCUGUCGACGGAGGCUCCAGUUAUCAACAGCAAGUAUGGCCUGAGGGAAACGGACAAACGACUCAACAGGCUAAAGAAGAUGGAGGAAGGCAGCAGGAACUCCGAUGGCCAAUCAGCACACUCCAGUGUGGACACAGAUUCUCAGGAAAAGUCUAACUCGCACCCAUCUUUAAGGAAGAGGACAUCCCAGUCUAGUGUUAAAAAGUCAACAAGGCAAUCCUUGUUCAGCACUCCAGCACCUACCUCAUCCUCCAAACUACGUUCCACAGACCGCUCCAGUUUACCAAAGAGACUAAUAUCGAAGUCUGCCAAGACGCCUUUGCUUAAAUUAAGGACACAUUCUCGAGGGCCAGUGGCAAAGUCCACCAACCGAGCAGCUGCCGUCAGUCACAAGGACACCCCUAAGAGGGACACCAUACGUCGGGGUUCAGCACAGGCGUUGGCCAUCAAAGGCAGCUCCGCUCGCAACGCGGCAAAGGAAAACAACAAUCAGAGCUCGCCAAAAGGCACUAGAGCUCGCAAGGACCGUUUGCCCUUGUCAUACAGGACUCGAAGGUCAACCAGGACCUCAAUCAGCUCUGAGGGGAACGCUGGCAGUGGCGGAGGUUUUUAUGGACAUGGUUCCUCCCCUAGCCAGAGCUCACCCCAGGGCGAGGUGGUUCUUAAAUCGGAGGUGGCCAAGGUGGAGCACAAGGGCACACUUGGCCCCCAGCAGGUGAACAUGCCCAGUCUGGAGGCACACUGCCCACGCAAGGGCACGUGCCCGCGCCGCAGACGGACGCCCAAAUCGGAGGAGAGCGGGGCGCCGUACGGCGAGGCCUUCCUCCAGGACGGCGUGACGGACCUGCGCCACGCCGACGUGGCUGACUGCGGGAAGGUUCAGCUGGGUCUCCCCGGCCGGCACCAGAACCAGAACUCCAACUCGCACCAGCACCAGCAGCAGCAGCAGCAGCAUCAGCAGCAGCAGCAGCGGAACGCCAGCAAAGCUGCAAAGCUCCUGCGGCGCGGCAAGGGGAAGAAGAAGCGGCGCAUCACGCGAUACGACGCCCAGCUGAUCCUGGAGAACAGCACCGGCAUCCCCAAGCUGACGCUGCGCAGGAGGAGGGACAGCAGCAGCAGCAAGGCCGAGCCGGGGGAGGUGGAGACGCUCGGUGCUUGCGGAGGAGGAGGAGGAGGAGGCAUUAAGUUCAGCCAGGACCAUGAGAAGGAGCGUGGCGGUAGCGGAGGAGGAGGAGGAGGGGUAGGAGGAGGGGGUGGUGGGUACGCUUCCUCGAAACUCAACAACGGCUAUGGGCACACUGGGCACAAUAGCGCUACCAAGUUAAAGAUCCAGCUGAAGCGCGAGAAGGUGGGCAGAGGGCCGCUGCCGCGGGCGUACGCCGACGACGUCACCUUCACGGGCAUCGUUAAGCGGGAGGCAGGCGAGGUGCUGGAGCAUCAGCCGGGUGGCCACAGCACGACAGGGCCUGGAGAAUGA